ACGCGGUACAUCAUAACUAAGGACGACAGCUCCUAUAGCAUUCCCGACCUUCCCAUUCACGAUUCUCAAACCAGAGCUCCUGUCCCGGGACAUUCGUGGCCAUCUCGCUGUUCGAUGAUCGUGAAUCAUGGAAGUGGGAGCACUAUUUGGCGCAUAGCAUGAGCUGAUCUAAUGCUCACGACUUGUCUCAUUGCGCACAUUGCACUGCCUCAGCCGCAAGCACUUCGGAAGGGAAUGCAGUCCAAUACCUUUGACCUGCAAAGCUGAGCGAUCUCAGCGAAGCAGCAUGGUGUGGCUCAUUGAGGGAUGCUUCGACGGAGAUGGCACGAAGCCGUUCUCGAAGCUCAUCAAGCCGAACGCUAAGUACAUCUUCGGUCGCAAGGAACCGGCUGACAUAGUCAUCAAGUCGAAGCUCAUCUCCCAGGAAGGAGGCUAUCUCAAGACAGGGGCCUUCAACAUUAACGAUGUAGCCGACGUGCACAGCAGACCGUCAGUAGAGAUCACUGCUGGCAAAAAAGGUGUCAAGAUAGUGCCUGCGAAGGAAGUGCAUAAAUGGGAAGCGAAUUUGGAUGGUUACGUCGGCAUUCUCAUCAACGCAGGAGGAAGGAGAAGCCUGGAAGAUGGAGACCUGAUCAUAUUUGCCAGCAAGCUUCCUUUGAGUCUCAGGUGGGCGCCAUUCGCGUUCAGCAUCCCUCGCGAUGGAAAGAUCGAGCCCGAAUGGGUCCCGAUGUGUGCAGCGACUGGCAUACAUCUCGCGGCCGGCAAGAACAUUCUGCCAGGCUGCAAUUUCUACAUGAUAGAGAAAGCGGGCUUGACUCUCAAUGUACUCACGGCGCUCGCGACAGCGAUGUCCAUCGUGACUUCUUCGUUCCUUCAAAAAUUCUUGGGUACAGCAUCGCUGCCUAGAUUAGACGAAGAGUCGCUCGAGCGAGAAUUCAAUGAGCUCGAUCCAUACGACUUUCAGCCACCCUUAGGAGAUGACCUCAUUCAACCUGACGCCUUGGGAGAUGACGCAGAUCACAGCACAGUUCUGGUGGCGGACCAUCGCAGGCCACACUUACUGCAAGGUGUCAGUCUUUUGUUCGUCCGCACGGGUACAGGAGAAACCCCUCAUCAAAGCUUGCUCGCCGAGCGCGUGGGUGCGAAGACAAGCGUGAUCGAGCCGGACACUCCAGAUUUCACUUCAGACAGGGCUUUGACACGAUUGAUUUCGGAUUACGCGCAAACGGCUCAAACCCAUCUUGAGGCGGUCAAGAGCCAGAGCACUUGGAUCACGCACGAAUCCGGGCUCGUCAUUCUAGUCGAGGGAACGGCCGCAGUCGGCGGCACUGAGUGGUUCCUUCGCCUAAGGCGUGUCGCGCUAAGCUUGCGCAUAGCAAUGCCCCUGGAUGGUGCUACGUGUGUGACUCGGACCAUCUUGCGAAGUAGCGUCAAGCAGAUCCUUUUUCGACCACCUCUCGAUCCGCUAGAAAGUGCAUCACAGCUCGAGUCCGUCCCUCGAACUGAUGAGCCCGCUACUCAAGCCCCUGCGCCAGAACCCCAAUUGGAGACUGAGGCCGAAUCAGAGAGUGUAGAAGUCGCCAAGGCUUCUCAAACUUUAGCGAAGAAUCCUCCGCUAGAGCCGCUGCAAUCAGAAGCUCUUGCCCCCGCUAACACAACGAAACGAGUGCGUAUCGCAGUCCCAGAGCCUGCCUCAGAGUCCUUCUCGCUCACUCACGGUCUACGUUCCUGUGGAAUCAACAGCCUCUAAAACGGCGGGCAGGUCAAGGCUUGAGCGCCUCAAGUGCUCUCGACGAUCUUUUGAACUCCAGUACCGGGGCAAGGCGGGUCAACGCCACUCAAAGCAAGGCAGCGGUCUCGCAUG